UUUCUUUGUUGAAUGGUCCAGAUGUGUACAUACUCCACUGAAUCUGGAUGAAGUGAACUAUGGAGGGUAGAGAUAUCGGAGAUAAGGAGAAUAAUUUCUUAUGGUAGAAGUGUUGAGAAAGUGUCCUGUGGAAAAGGAUGAAUAGGAGACGCUAGUAUUAACUAGAGGGUAUAUUUGUAUAUUGCGGUUUCUGCAAUCUGUAUUAAAACAGGAAGAUUAUUUUCCUUAUCUCUACCCUCCAUAAAUGAAGGAUUAGGAGUAGUUAGACCAAUACGAGCAGCCAGUGAGCAGCCGAACGCGCUAACAGAUUUCUGUGAUUGGACAUCCCUGAAAUUGAACUACAGAAAUAUAGGAUAUUUGCCGCAAAUUUUUGAUAUGUUUAUCGUUUAUGGUUAUGAUUCUUAUAUGUCUCCUAUAUUGUUACAGUAAAUAGCAAAAUAUAGCAAAAACAUUAUUAAAAUUUCACAGAAUUGAAAUACUGAUUUUAAUCCUUGUACUGGACAUGUCUUUAUUGGAGUAAUUUUAUUAUCAACGAUUGCUACUUUACAUAUUCCUAUACUUUAUUGGCGUCAAAAGCAGAUUUUUAUUUAUUAUAAUUAUAAUGGGGAGAAAAUCAAAUCCGAAAAGUAAAGAAAAAAGAUUACAGAGAAAGGAGGAACAAAUAAGAAUAAGCCAAGCUAUGCAAGCUGUAGCUUUGGCUAACAAUUUAGAAGAUCCAAUGGAACCUUUUCCUGUUUUCAGAAAUUUCAAUAAAAAUGGAAUAAAUGCUGAAUUGAAUGUAAAAAAAGGCAAUUGUCUUGAAGAAAACGUUAAGCAAUGGGCCUUCAACUUAACUAAGAAAAAUAUGCAACAAAAGUAUGAAUCUUGUUCAUGGGGAUGGUCAGAUUCAAAGAAGUUAGAAGAAUUGAAUGAUGAAGCUGCUUGGUAUCUCAUUGCCAAAUCAGCAGAUAAUGGUAAUUUGCUAGGAUUUUCUCAUUUUAGGUUUGAUAUGGAUGAAGGAAUUGAGGUGUUAUAUUGUUAUGAAUUGCAGUUAGAAACAUCAGUUCAACGUAAGUCAUUAGGAAAAUUUAUGAUGCAAAUUUUGGAAUUGAUUGCAUUCAAAAAUGGUAUGAGAAAAGUGGUUUUGACAGUAUUAAAGAAUAAUCCUCAUUCAAAAUUCUUUAAAGCUAUUAACUAUGAAGUGGACGAGUCAUCUCCUAUGGAUGAUGAAGACGAUUAUUCCUACGAAAUUUUGAGCAAAAUAAAUAAAAAAUUAUUACCUCCCAAAACAUCAACUCCUCCUAACCAAAAUAAAAUUCCGCAUGUACAUUCACGUUGUUGUUCUGGGCAUCAUCAUCAUUGAUGGAAUUUCAUUAAUCUUUUUUAUGUGAGGAGUAUGAGACCAAGAAUUAAAUUUUAUUAAGAACA